AUGAGACUUUUCUUAUUCUUCUUAUUCUUCGUCAUCAUUGCAGUGGUUGAAGCGCAAAACAAUCCACUAAAUCAGACACAAGCAAGGAAAUGGCGUCUUGUACCAGCGGCGAGAGGAGCUCGAAACCUUCAAGCAUCAGAGUCCAAGGCGCUUGGAGUGAUGCCAAAGUUGAUCACUCUAGAAGGCUCUCGAUUAGCUAGACACUCGGAAAAGCAUGCACAAUUCUUGAAUGAUGGUGAAUUCGAGGACAUCACCCGAUCCGAGCAACCGAGAAGAAAAGUAAGAAAAAUCGCGAGAAAGGGACGACGAGUCGAAGAAGGAGUUAAUGAAAAGACGACAACCGAGAACCCAUUACGACCAACAACAGCCGUUCAUCGUUUACAAUCAAAAAGAAAACACUUUGUGAUCGUUGCACCGACGCCACCCGAGUCCACUCCCUCUCCAAUCAUUGCCCAACUCUCAAAUGGUACAAACAAUCAAUCUUCGACCCCAACAAAAGAAGAAAAAUCGGUGAAUAGUGAAGAGGUUGAGGGAAAAGCGAGAAGAAAAACGAGUUUCGAAGUGGAAAUCGGCCCAGAUUUCAAGAGAGAAAUUCAACAAGAGGAUCAAAGUGGAAUCAAAGUUGAAACAGGACCAUCCGGCACUCCAACACUUGAGAUAUCUCCAGAAAAUCUGCCUGAAGAAUAUCGAAAACUUCUCGCAAAAGGAUACCAUUCAUAUCCAACAUUUAACUCAAAGAACUACAAACGCCCUCCACAAGCACUCUUCGAGGCAAACCUUGUGCCAUCAAUGAAUAUCCCUCCAAUUCAACCGCAAUUCCCUAUGUCAAACCAAAUUCCAAUUCCUUUUCAACCAACUCAACCGAAUUCAGGAAUCCAGAUCUUUCCUGGAGCUCAAGGUAACUCAUUUGUGAUUCCGCAAGGAGUAGGCAAUCAGAAUGUGAAUCUAAACUUGUUGAUGAGAGCCCGACAACUUUUAGCGUUACGAGAAUUGGAGUUGAUUAAAGCAAAGCAGGAUCUCCUCCUCCAGCAAGCCAAACAAUCCCAAUUGCAACAUUUGACGAAUCGAGCUGGGAGAGCGAUCGGAGAAUCGACUCAAUCCAUUGAUCGAUCCAAUGCACAAAUCGAUCCAUUCAUCAUGGCUGAACUUCAUCGUCGUCAACUCUUCACCGCUCAACUGAUGCAACAAGCGCAGCAACGAGCAUAUUAUCCUGAUGCCACAUUUAUGCAGUCUGGAGCGAUUCCUCAAAAUUUGGCACCUCCACCACAAAUUGGGAGUCAAUUUGGAGCCCCUUUUUUGGCACCAAUCACUGAUGCUCAACAACAAUCUGCGGGAAAUUCCCCAUUUCAAACUCCAUCAGCGACUUUCCUUCAAAACGGCCAACAAAUCCAGAUUCCGGUUGUUUUCAAGCGAGCUUUGCCAAAG